CAACAGUUGACACGGUCAGUUUCGACUAAGACUACUUUCGGUGGAACAAUGGCUGGACCGUCCAAGACGCUGGUCUUUAUCCUGUUCUUUCUGGGAGUUUCGUGCUCGGCAAAACCCAUCUCGGUGCUUGUUUUAGUCACGGUUCCUGAUCGGACGUCCGAGCAAAACCGAAUCACGUCUCUUCCGGAAGGUUAUGAGCCAAUUCUCAACUCCAGUGUAGCUUACAAGCUCUACAAUGAUACGCUAGUAUCGUGGAUGGAGGCAAAAAGACUGUGCGAGAGUGAAGGUGCUCGUUUGGCACUGGCUGACAACCAAGAGAUUUACAACAGCUUGGUAAAUCGAAAUUCGAAGAAGGUACACAUAGGCGUUUACAGGCUAUCCGACAAGUGGGUCAGUCUUCGUGACGGAUCAGUCUUAAGUGACUUACCAUGGAAACAGGGUGAACCUUCAGAAUUUCAUGACUGCGUCUCUAUCUCUACGUAUAACGGUGAACUCCAAAAUGGCGAUUGCCACACUUUAAAAUCUCAUUACGCCUGCGAAGUUCCAAUUCCUCAGAAGCGCGUUUAGACAAUAAACGUCCACUCGGCAAAGCCAAAAAACAGGCUACAAACGAAAUUCAGAGAAUUCCAAAUAUGAGUGAUAUACAGGAUUGAGUUUCAAAACAGCGAACAAAUUGUAUCUUUAGUAAUCGAUAAAUAAAAGUGAAUAUGCGUA